AUGAUGUUACGUAACUCUCUUACAAGAAUAGGUGUCAACCGUACUAUUCCAAUCAGAUGCUCCCAAAUACAAGCUAUAUCUAAGGCCUCCAUUGACAACUUACAAAGUCGUUGGGAAAAGAUGCCCAUAGAAGAACAAGAGGAUAUUGUAGCUAAACUAACUGAGCGUCAGAAGUUACCAUGGAAGGACUUAACUACCACUGAAAAACAAGCUGCUUGGUAUAUAUCAUAUGGUGCAUGGGGUCCAAGAAAACCAGUUUUAGAAAAAGGUGAUGGUGUUUUCAUCGCUAAGGGUGUUAUCCUUGGCUUAACUGCUGCUUUAGCUACGUUCGCAUUCUUUAGACAAUUUGCUGGUGAAGAUGUUAAGUCCAUGAACAGAGAAUGGCAAUUGAAAUCUGAUGAAUAUUUGAAAUCAAAGAAUGCAAACCCAUGGGGUGGUUACUCACAAGUUCAAUCCAAAUGA